UGAAUAGCUUCAAGGCUGAGAUGGGCUUCCAUAAUUAAAGCGUAUUCAGUAGUCUAUAUUUAAGUAUGAAAAUGUGUAGUCAGGAGGACUCGAAGUGUCUGUGAAAGAGAGGCUGGAGCUAAAGGAAGCGCAGAGGAUUCUGGGUAACUCCUCAUGCAGGAGGCAGGCAGGUGGUGAGCCAGAGAAAUGUAGAGGUUCGAGUCGGGUGACAUUUGGGACGCGUUCUUUUUAAUGAUUUACCUCUAAAACCGCAGCAGGGAUUCAUUUACUAGUGUGUUUGUUCUGUUGUGCGCGCGAUGAGCGGAAGUGAGCUGUCUCUACAGGCUCUGUCCUGGCGGAAGCUCUAUCUGAGCCGGGCGAAGCUCAAAGCCACGAGCCGCACUUCAGCUCUGCUGUCCGGCUUCGCCAUGGUCGCAAUGGUGGAGGUUCAGCUGGAUACAAGUCAUGAAUACCCCCCUGGUCUGUUGAUCGCAUUCAGUGCAUGCACCACAGUCUUGGUGGCAGUUCAUCUCUUUGCUCUGAUGAUCAGCACCUGCAUCCUGCCCAACAUCGAGGCUGUCAGCAAUGUACACAACCUGAACUCGGUUCGUGAGUCUCCACAUGAACGUAUGCAUCGCCAUGUCGAGCUAGCCUGGGCCUUUUCAACCGUCAUUGGCACACUGCUCUUCCUUGCUGAGGUCGUCCUGCUCUGCUGGGUCAAGUUUUUACCCAUCAGACCCAAGAAUCAGAAAAAUGGUACAGUCUCAGCUGGGGUGGCUGCCGCCAUCACCUCAACCUCUAUCAUGGUGCCAUUUGGCCUCAUCUUUAUUGUCUUUGCUGUCCAUUUUUACCGCUCGCUUGUCAGUCACAAAACUGACCGUCAGUUCCGGGAGCUAGAGGAGCUGGAGGAUCUGACACGGCUUCAGAACGAGCUGGACCAAAGAGGAGAAACGUCAGCGCUGCACUCUCCAACCUCCCAGUAGAGAACAUCCUGACCGUCCUGAGUCCCCCCCCCCCCCCCCCCCCCUUCUUAAACUACUGUAUUUGUAUGUCUUUUUGUUCCUGCAUGUGAAUUUAACGAUAUUGAUGAUGAAACCUAAAAUGCAACUCUGGCUUCACCAGCCUUCAUUAGGGGGAACCAUCCUGAGCCUCUUUUAAACAUACUGUUGGGGUCGGAAGUUUUCAUACGCUAUCAUGGACAUGAUCGUGACAAUAUUCUGCUUUCAGUAAUUUCUUUGGACUGUUCUUUUUCUGGUGAAGAAUGAUUGUACAGCAUCUUCAAUAAUUAAACAAGAAUUUGAUGUACAAGUUUUAACUUUAUUUUGGGUUUUCUGAAAUCAACACGGGGUCAAAUUUAUACAUACAUCAACGUAUUUAAUUUAGUGCUAAAAGUUCCAAAGUGUCUUUUUAACUUGCCAAGGCUUCUUAAUUUCUUGUUAGUGAUCAUGAUUGACUAGGUAGAGUCUUUGUGCCCAAAAAAAGGUUUGUUUGACAAGUACAAGUUAUUGGGAGGUGAAGCCACUUUGCCAAGGUCUGGAAGAAGACCAAAACUGUGACCCUCAGCUAAGAGGAAAUUGGGUUAGGUGAUCAGGUACACCAACGUCACUGUCUACAGUCAAGUGACUUUUUUUUACAUCCCCAUGGAUUGAGAGGCUGCUGUUUAAGAUGGAAGCCCCUGCUCUAAAAUUGAUCUCUUCAAGCUUGACUAAAGUUUACAGCUGAUCACAUAGACAAAGAGAAUCUUCUGGCAGAAAGUUUUAUUGUCCGACCAGACAAAGAUUGAGUUGUUUGGCCACAGGGAAAGGUGAGGAAUUCACCCCCAAGAACAUUGUACCAACUGUGAAACAUGGUUAAACAAAGUGGAUGGAAUAAUAAUGAAGGAGGACUACCUCAGAAUUCUUCAACAUAACCUUAAACUAUCAGCUAGAUGGUUUAAACUUGGAUAUAAUUGGGAGUUCCAACAGGGCAAUGACCCCAAAUACAUCAAAGCUGGUUGUGGAAUGCACGGUCAGUAACAGGGAUACAGUAAGAGUCCAUUUCUGUCCCCCAAGGUACAAUCUACACUAAUGUACCCCUAAGAGCUCAUUAUUGGACCUUAGGGUAACUGUGCACCUUUUUUUAGGGCCAGAAAGGUCCAUACAUGUUCCCAUGCAGUAUCUAAAGAGUACAGAUCUGUACCUUAAGGGGUACUGACCUAGUGACAAGCCGAUGUACCCCUAAAGGUACAAUAAUGUACUUUAUUUUCAGAGUGUGUAGAUAAAGAAGCUUUUAUAGCUUUUAGAAUGGCCUUCCCAAAGUCCUGACCUCAACACACUCAAAAAUCUGUGGAGUCUUGUGGACUGUUCUUAAAGGUCAUAUCCAUGCCAGGAAACCAACAAAUUUUAAUUGAACUCUAACAAUUCUGCCAAGAAGAGUGGUCAAAUAUCCAACCAGAACUCUGCCAAGAGCUUGUUGAUGGCUACCAAAAGCAUCUAAUCAAAGUGAAGCCAAAUAGGUGUGCUGUAUUGACCCUGCAGUCAUAAUCUUGACCCUGUGUUGAUUUUCAGAAAACCCAAAAUAAAUGAAAACUCACCAAAUCCAUGACCUAAUGGUUCAAGAAGCAGCUUUGGGACCACAAGGUUGCAGGUUCGAUUCCUUGGACCAGCAGGAAUGGCUGAAGUGCCCUUGAGCAAGGCACUGAACCUUCAACUGCUCCCCAGGCUGCUCUGGGUAUGUUGUUUGUUGUCUGGAUAAGAGCAUCUGGUAAAUGCUUGUAAUGUAAGUUCUUUUUUUUUCUAUUGAAGAUGUGUAAUCAUUCUUCCCCAGAGAAAAAGUGCAGUUCCAAGAAGUCACUGAAAUAUUGCCAUAACAUCCAUGUCCAUGGUGAUUGUGAUUUUUUUUUUUUUAAACAGCUCUGGGGUGAACCUUUUGGAGGUUGUCUGGUGUUCAUCAAACCACAGUUCCUCCAGUAUCUAGCAUGCAUGGUAACUAGAACAACAACAAAAAAAAAUACAUGUACAUAUUUACUGUCAGUUCACUUCCUUUACUUGAAGACUUAGAUAUAUGAACCCAUGCUCUCUUUGGUCUAUGAUCUUUUUGAUAUGAGCAUUUCUAAGAACAUUACUAUAACCCUGCAUUCAUACUGUCGGAAAUCUGUCAAAAUAUAUAAGGUUGUAAAAGAGUCUUGUAGUAUACACAACUGUGGAACAAUAUUUCACAGUAGGCUGGAACCCAUAGAUUUCCGUGAGCAGUUGAUGCAAACCAGUGCAUGUGACGGAAGGAUGGGCAUGGGACAUUCCAGAUACUUUAUUUUCUCCACUGUGAAACAUUAUGGGUCUUUUACUGAUCUCGGUCAAGGUACAGCAUUGUUGAGACUGGAGGGUUCCCGUACUGGGAUUAGCACAUCAACAUCCUGGAACAGUGUAAAGUUGAGAUGGUUUAAAUCUGUGUGUAAAACCGUUGGUACGUGUCACUGCUGAGUCACCUGUAAUUCACAAUAGAAGUGUUUUUAUCUAAUUAUUCCGUGAAUCCUACAGGGAUCAAUAAUGGCUUGUUGAGUGCUGCUGUGCAAACACACAACAUCUAACUGCAAAAAUUUCACAUAAGUGAUGAUGGUCCACUGCACUAUCUCUCUACGAAAAACAUUAGUGAGUAGCAGUUCAAUUGAGUCAGCAACACCCAAUAUUAAUCAGAUAUACCAUGCACUGAGAGGCUCUGGUUGAAAUUAUGGAUUCUCUGGGGUGACGCUAUUCCGGUCACCUCAGAGAAUCCAUAAUUCGCGGUGCUUCUCAGUGCAUGGUGUAUUUGAUCUAUAUCCCUCAUCAAAAAAUUCCAAACUAAAAAGAAGUGUUAAGGUCGAAUCUCGGCAUAAACUCACUGGAGGCAGACAUGUUUGUUGUUUACAUCGGAGCAACCUUUGACCUGCGCAUGUGCAGUGUACCAUGCUAUCGCCUGCCUCGCUAGGCAUGAUCAUGAUGCAUAGAUCUACACACAGAAAUACUCGUGGAGCCACAGCUGUGUCGGCCAUGUAGCUUGAAAUUGUGACGUCAGUUCAUGGUAUAUCCUAGCCUAGUAAACUAGACCCAACCGCCUAGCGGCCAAAAAUAUUUUUGCCUAGCGAAUGGGUCUAGCCUCGCACCAUAUAAACAAAAACACCCCGGGCAUCAAAUCGUGCCCGCCAAUCACAACGCAAGGUUUUUGUUUGGAUUCUUUGGACGGGCUUUUGCAGGAGUGACGACAAAGCUGCGCGACGCUGGAGAAAGCGCAACAGGAAAGAUGGCUUCGGGCUAGUGAACAGCGCGCGUUUGACUCCGCUUUGGAAUCAGUUUUAGAAGAAUUAGACUUGGAGUUUUCGUUGAAACAUGAGCAGGAAGAGGCUCUCCGCUCAUUCCUUUUCAAGAAGGACGUUUUCGCUGUUUUGCCGACCGGCUAUGGCAAAAGUCUGAUCUACCAGCUGGCUCCGCUCGUAGCCAAAAGGAUGGGGCUAGUUUGUGCAGUACGAAGAAUUAAUAAACAGCUUUGAAACAUUACUUUUUGAUUGUUUCUUAUUUUCCCGUUAUUUUAAAUUUAAGGGAAAUUAUUUCACCAAACACCACUAAAUAAAAACUCUCAAAAACAGUUUAAGCAAACCCUUGAAAAACACUUGGAAAAAAAAUGUGUAUGUGGUACAGACUCCAAACUUGUGGUCAUUAUCUCCAAACUUCUUAAUAUCUAGAACCUGUUUAUUAAUUAAUACGCAUUUUGAAAAAUUAUUUAUUUCAAGGCCUCCCCCACUGCUUUCUGUCGCUCUGACUACGUCACAGUCACUGUUGCGCUGAUUGGUCAGAGCGUUGGCCUAUACGCACAGACAGUUUGAAAGACAGCGGUUUGUUCCUCCUACCCGCUUCGGAAAUGUCUACGGAUAGAGGCCAGACUAAAUAUUCACAUUUAGUCUGGCUUGCCAGGCUAGGUAUAUCCAGGAUAUACCAUGACUGACUCGCACCAUAUCCAUGUUUUUAAUUUUUGAUGUCACGAAAUGCAUUGGAACUAUUUAUGUCGCAUGAGCCAUCGUUGGCCAAUCCCUGCACGGGAAUUUUUGGAUGAGGGAUAACACGACAAAUGUAGAACUAUUUGGGUGCCUUGAGCUACAAUUGCAUGAAUAUAAGGUUAAUCACAAGACGAGUGGAGUAUAAUGUUGAGGGAUAUACAUCGUUUUUGUUCUUCAUCUUUGGAGUUAAUGACUAAAACCAUUUUAUAAGUAAAUGAUAAAUUUAUUUACUAACUGCUGUGAUUUUUAAUACCAUAGCUGUCUUGUUGAAAUUUUGUAGUGGUGUUCUCAGUAUUCUGUAAUUAUGAAUGUCAGUGCCAAAAUAUGACUGUUGGGCAUGUGCUGAUAUUAAAUUCCCAUAUAUCAUUGGGGGUUUGUGUGUGUGUAUAAGUUUGGGCACCCCUGGUCAAAAUUGCUGUUACUGUGAACAGUUAAGCAAGUUGAAGAUGAAAUGAUCUCCAAAAGGCAUAAAGUUAAAGAUGACUCAUUUCCUUUAUAUUUUAAGCAAAAACUAUUUUUUUCAUCUUUUACAUUUUCAAAAUGACAAAAAAGGAAAAGGGCCCAGAGCAAAAGUUUGGGCACCCUGCAUGGUUAGUACCUAGUAACACCCUCUUUGGCAAGUAUCACAGCUUGUAAACACUUUUUGUAGCCAGCUAAUAAUCUUUCAGUUCAUACCUGGGGGAUUUCACACAUUCAUCCUUGCAAAAGGCUUCCAGUUCUACAAGUUUCCUGGGCUGUCUUGCAUGCACUGCUCUUUUGAGAUCUAUCCACAGAUUUUCAAUGAUGUUUAGGUCAGGGGACUGUGAGGGCCAGGGCAAAACCUUCAGCUUGGGCCUCUUGAGGUAUUCCAUUGUAGAUUUUUGAGGUGUUUUGGAUCAUCGUCUUAUUGUAGGACCCAUCCUCUUUUUAACUUCAACUUUUUUUUUACAAAUAGUGUGAUGUUUGCUUCCAGAGUUUGCUGGUAUUUAUUCGAAUCCAUGCUUCCCUCAACCAGUGAAAUGUGCCCUGUGCCACUGGCUGCAACACAACCCCAAAGCAUGACCGAUCCACACCCAUGCUUCAGAGUUGGAGAGGUGUUCUUUUCCUGGAAUUUGGCACCCUUUUUUCUCCAAACAUACCUUUGCACAUUGUGGCCAAAAAGUUCUAUUUUGAUUUCAUCAGUCCACAGGACUUGUUUCCAAAAUGCAUCAGGCUUAUUUAGAUGUUCAUUUGCAAACUUCAGACACUGAAUUUUGUGGCUAGGACGCAGGAAAGGCUUUCUUCUGAUGACUCUUCCAUGAAGGUCAUAUUUGUUCAGGUGUCGCUGCAUAGUAGAACAGUGCACCACCACUCCAGGGUCUGCUAAAUCUUUCUGAAGGUCUUUUGCAGUCAAACAGGGUUUUUAUUUGCCUUUCUAGCAAUCCAACGAGCAGUUCUUUCAGAAAGUUUUCUUCAUCUUCCAGACCUCACCUUGAUCUCCACUGUUUCUGUUAACUGCCAUUUCUUAAUAACAUUACAAUCUGAGGAAACAGCUACCUGAAAACACUUUGCUAUGUUCUUGUAGCCUUCUCCUGCUUUGUGAGCAUCAAUUAUUUUAUUAUUCAGAAUGCGAGGGAGUUGCUUAGAGGAGCCCAUGGCUGUUGAUUUUAGGGACAAGUUUGAGGAGUCAGAGAAUUUAUACAGCUUUGAAAUCUGCAUCAUCUGACCUUUCCUAACGAAGAAUUUGAACAUGCUACAGCUCAAUAAGCUAAUUAGUCUGGAACCUUGGUAAAAGUUACCUGAGAACUCAAAUGUAUUAGGGUGCCCAAACUUUCGCAUGGUAUUCCUUUUCUUUUUUCACUCUCCAAUUGUACAAAACAAAAAUAAUACACAAAUCUUACAUAAAAUGCUGAAAAGAAAUGUGUCGUCUUUACCUUUAUGCCUUUUGGUGAUCAGUUCAUCUUCUGCUCACUUAACUAUUCACAGUAACAGAUGUUUUCAGCAAGGGUGCCCAAACUUUUGCAUGCCACUGUGUAUAUAAUAUAUGAUACUACAUAGUGGCACGAAGAUAUGACAUUUAUCUUUGAAUGGUGAAUGCAUAUAUCAUAAGUGAGGGAAGCGAACAAGUGAUAUAUUUUUCAGCACAAGAAGAUAAACUUCAUAUCUUCGUGCCACCAUGCAAUGUUCUUGAUAUUAUAUGGACACAGCCACAAAAAAAAAAUGCGCAAGUUAAUCAAAAGAAUUUUACUUUUGAACCGUUUGCCAUUUUGACAACGUGCAUCUAGUCAGUGGGAAAACACUGGGAGUGGCAUCAUUGGUGUGAAAUAUCAGGAAAUGUCACUCAGAUCCGUGAUGCAUUUCGUCUGAAAAAUGCAAAUUUUUCAACACGAGAAGAUAAACUUCAUAUCUUCAAGCCAAUGUAUGAUUUUUCUUUUUAUUAUAUAGACACAUUCACAAACAAAAAGUACCCACAUUUAUCAAAAGUUCCUCACGAGGCGGCACGGUGGUGUAGUGGUUAGCGCUGUCGCCUCACAGCAAGAAGGUCCGGGUUCGAGCCCCGUGGCCGGCGAGGGCCUUUCUGUGUGGAGUUUGCAUGUUCUCCCCGUGUCCGCGUGGGUUUCCUCCGGGUGCUCCGGUUUCCCCCACAGUCCAAAGACAUGCAGGUUAGGUUAACUGGUGACUCUAAAUUGACCGUAGGUGCGAAUGUGAGUGUGAAUGGUUGUCUGUGUCUAUGUGUCAGCCCUGUGAUGACCUGGCGACUUGUCCAGGGUGUACCCCGCCUUUCGCCCGUAGUCAGCUGGGAUAGGCUCCAGCUUGCCUGCGACCCUGUAGAACAGGAUAAAGCGGCUACAGAUAAUGAGACGAGAUGAGAAGUUCCUCACGAGUGGCAUAUCGAGAUCGAUGUCACAGUUUUGGUUUUCCAUGUCCCGGAUGUAGCUCGUAUGAAAAAUAGAGUGGUGUAUUUCCUGGUAAAACACUCAUGUCCAUAUUAUAUAGCAUGAUAUGUGCUGAGUAUCACAAUGUUUUAGUUUUGAUCAAGUACCAGCAUCGGUGCAGUUCUAUAAAUAAAAUUAUUGAAGAAAGGAACUUGUACCAAAAUAGAUUUUAAAAUAGAAUCAGAUGAGGACUAGGGAACAGCGGAGUUAGUCAUUGUUCUAAAAGUGCUGCCUAUAGUUUAUUAUAUUUCAAUAUUGUAUUUCCUAUAAAUCACUUCAGUACAAACAGCUUAGUAGGAGUCCCAGUGUUCUGCCUUUUUUGAGACGAUUGCCAUCAAAAUGUGUAAAAAUGAACUCUUAAGAUUUUAUCACAGCACAAACAUUUUAAAUGGUAUGUUGUAUAACUUGUUAUCGGCACAUGCCUGACUGUCAUUACUGCAGAAUCCACGAACUGAGCCACGUUUUGCUGUGAACAUUUUAUGUACGGUGAAUGUUUACAUUUUUAUAAUAACGUGCCAAAUAAUCUGUACGGAUUUCUAAUUCAGAUGAACGAACAGCUGUUAUGAUUUCUAUCUGGGCAUUUCAGUUCUACUUAACACACUCCCCCUGUCUUUCCUUCUAAUUCUUUUGUCCAUCCUAAGAGCAGCAAGCCAGUUCAUUAGUAGGAUUAAUUUUAGCAAGCUGACGAGCUACAUUUCUAUUGCUGCUGAGCAGAGUGUAAAAGUUUAAUUUACUGUAAAUUAGAUUUUACGAAUGAAAGGUCUGGAAGAUUUAAUUGUCUUAAAUUUUAGGCUGCAAACACUCCUCGUCUGGUGUCAUGUGGUGUUUUUAACCUUAAAGCUGUUGUUUAUAAUCUGCUUGAAACCAUGGGUCCAUCCCAUUGCAUUAAAGCUGUGAUCAAAACAUCA